CAUUGAAACGAUUUGCUCUACGAAAGCUAUCGGUAGAAGGGAUUCACGAAGAUCACCCGCUCUCAUCUUAUUUAGCAGAAGUAUCCAUUGGUUGUUGGCCCGAUGAUAUCGACGAAAAUUUAAUUGAAGACAUAUUCCCCGAGUCACUUCUAAUUAAAAAUACACAUGCUGCGUAUCACUUCGCAAAAAAUAGGAUGGAGGGAG